CCCUCCCUCUCUCUCUCUCUCUCUCUCUCCCUCCCCCUCUCUCUCUCUCAGGCUCACAGCAGCGUCUUCAACUUUCUUCAAGCCUUUCUUCAACUGUUAACAACGAACCAUGUGGCGCCUUCAGUCGACUCGUGGAGAGCGAGGUUCGAGUAGGUGUUGGAUGUCGCGCCAGUCGUGCGUAAAAAACAUGUAACGACGCAGAAGAAGCUCGAUGUCCAGCAGCACUCUCUGCCCCGCUCACGUCGGUUGUGACUUGGUGAAGCGAGGCGUGAGGCUGCUCUACCUGCGCGUGGAGCAAGGAUGAGGACAAGAUGUUCUUUGCUGAUACUGAGAAGAAGGUUCAUGUCAUCGCUCCUCUGGCUGCUGACUGUUUGUGCUGUGCUUUGCGUCAUCAGCCUGAAGUACAACUACGUCUCUGAUCCUUCUGCUCCACCGGUGGAUUUAACCAACAUUCAGACGGUUCACAAAUAUGAAAUCAGCUGCGCGGCUAUAUAUGACUUGGACCCAGUGGAGGUGGGUAAGUCGCUGAUCAUGAGGAGGAAGGAAGCUGUGGAGGACACAGAUCAGAGUCUGGUUAACCUCACCACAAACUGUUCGCUGUUCAUCCAGUCCAGAGGUUACGAUGACGUGUCCGUCUCAGAGGAGGAGAGAGACUUUCCUAUCGCUUUUUCGCUGGUCGUGCAUAAAUCUGCAUGGAUGGUAGAGAGACUCAUCAAGGCUCUUUACUCUCCCAGUAACAUCUACUGCAUCCACUACGACCAGAAGUCUCCACCUCAGUUCAUCGCCGCCAUGGAGGGCAUGGCGCGAUGUUUGCCCAACGUCUUCAUCGCCUCCAAGCGGGAGUCUGUCUUCUACGCGAGCAUCAGCCGACUGAGAGCCGACCUCCACUGUCUGUCCGACCUCCUGAGGUCGGAGGUCCAGUGGAAGUACGUCAUCAACCUCUGCGGACAGGAUUUCCCCCUCAAGUCCAACAUCGAGCUGGUGUCGGAGCUGAAGAAGCUGAACGGAGCGAACAUGCUGGAGACGAGCCGGCCGACGGAUUAUAAGAAGGAGAGGUUCACGUUUCACUACGAGCUGGCGACCAUCAGCUACGAGUACAACAAACUGCCGGUGAAAACGCAGCAGGUCAAGGAGCCGCCGCCUCACGGGAUCGAGAUGUUCGUCGGCAACGCCUACUUUGUCUUGUCGCGGGAGUUCAUCGUGUUCAUGGACAAUUCGGAGGUGGUGAAAGAUUUCCUGGCCUGGUCGGAGGACACGUACUCCCCGGACGAACACUUCUGGGCCACGCUGGUGCGAAUGAACGGCGUGCCCGGGGAGGUGCCGCGCUCCCAGCCUGAUGUCACCGACCUGAAGAGCAAAACCAGGCUGGUGAAGUGGCAGUACCUGGAGGACAACCUGUACCCGCCGUGCACGGGCGGACACGUGCGCAGCGUUUGCAUCUACGGUGCUGCUGAACUGCGUUGGCUGCUUAAUUACGGACACUGGUUCGCCAACAAGUUCGACCCCAAAGUCGACCCCAUCGUCAUCCAGUGCCUGGAGGAGAAGCUGGAGGAAAAACUGAAGCUGUUCCGAUCGGCGGCUUCCAGCAGCUGCCGUAAGGGUUAAUGAUUAGUUGAUUAAUCACUAAUUUGAUCAACAGAGAAUUUAUCUGCUCCAUUGUCGAGUUUCUUUCUUUUUUUUAAAAAAAAAUAAAAAUGGGGGUUUUGAGAGUUAAAACUUACAGCUGAAGAUUGUAUAAAACAUUUAAAUUGAAGUUCUAUCAGUGCUGGAAAUUACCGGGAACUGAAAGAAGAAGUCAGCCGUGUUUAAACAGAAGUGUUCGAUCGACACCUGAGAUUGACGAGUUGAUCGUUAGUUGCAAAUUUUAGAGAAGUUCACGUUCAGAUCAACGUUUUCACCACAAGAUCGUGAGAUAACUUUUUACAGAACAGCAUUUUUAUUUUAUAUAAAACAAGAAUAAACUCUGGAGUCUCCACAUUUGCAAGUGUGACACCUUUUUAUGUAUUAAACCUCAGGGACAAAAACAAAUGGAUAUUUUUUUAUGGGGAAGUCAGCACAUCUGCUUUUUCAUCUCUACACAAAGAGACGCUAGUUUGCAUGAGCCAGGGAGAUUUAGUUAUUUGGAGUUUCUGUUUUUUUUUUUUACUGCCCGAGGUCGAAGCGAAGGUUGUGACUCACGACUGCAGCGCAAACUGCACGAAUAUGUAAAAACUCCACUUGGCAUGAAGGUGAAUUCAGACGAAGAAGAUUUAUUAUUUAUGAAAGAAAAGGAAAGAAAACAGGCGAGCAGGAUGUCAGACGGUCCGCUGUGCUUUGUUUCUAGUGUUUAAACGUCUUCUUUUUAAUCACAUCUGUCGGCCCGGUUCUGCUCGGUUUGACUCGGCACAUCAGUCCAGAGCAGCAGGACUUUGUCUUUCCAUCACAUGUGUCUGAUGAUGUGCUUGUCUUGUGGUCAGAGGUAGCUCAGGUGGUGAGGCGCUCGGUCCACGUUCCUCCUGUAACUUCUGAACUGUCCUCUUGAUAAAGUCAUACAUGCCAAAUAAAUAACUAAAGCAGCGGUGGUACAAACUGCUCCUCCCGUCAGCUCUAUCAGAAAAGGAGAAGUGCUGAUGAAGCUCCAUUAAUCAAACAGCAGCAGAAUGUCAUUCUUAUAAAUUCCUCAUGAUAAAACUGUAAUUCACAGUCGUGACUGAACACGACUUCUGUAGCUCAAAACAAACAGGAUGAAGGUCAAACAGGGCAGAUAUCUGACAGGAUGAACAGACACUAAAAAAGAAAACAGAUGUGGUACUGCAGACCGUCCCAGGAGCCGCUCGGCGGCCAAACGCUCCAGACGUGAUGUAUGAAAGUUUAGCAGAGCUGUCAAUGAAAAUGUGAAGUUUUCCAGCUGCAGGUGGAGCAGAAACACCUUCCACAGUUUAUCGUUGAGUGCCAGAACAUUUAAUCGUAUGCUGGAUUCAUAUUUUUACAUACUUGAUAAGUGAAGACGCGUUAUGCAACACUUUGAACUUUAAUAGUGUGUGACUGAGGAGGAAUGUGUGGGCUGCCGUCCACACCUCCUCUGUGAAACUCCCCAAUCUGUCUCUAAAUAAUCUACAGCGAUGGUGCAAUCCAAACACGGACGGGCUGUGAAUAAUGAAAGUGCCUCCCUGUAAUCAGAGCAUUUGAUAAAAAAAAGUUUCACAGCACUCUGUUCCACAAAGCAGCUGUAACAUACCUGAACGAAUGUGUUUGUUUGUUCGAGAUCACGUUUAGUUUUUGUAACGACUUCACUGGUGGAAACGUAUCGUUAAUAAAAAAGAUCUUUAAAAAGGA